AUGAUCCGUGCAAGAAUCCUCACUUCAACCUCGUCUUGCUAUUUUAGGUCAGUUUCCAUUCGUCAACUCUCUGUGAAAACAAUGUCCUCCACAAUUUCUUUAAAAAACUCAUCACUUCUUCAAACCCAGGCCCUUAUUAAUGGGGAGUUUGUCAAUGGCUCAGUGGCUGCUGGUGAAACUACCUUCGAAGUGCAAAACCCUGCUACUAAUGAACAUCUCAUAUCAAUAACCAACACCAACAAUAAGGAUUUCCAGACUGCAAUCAAUGCGGCCAGCGCUGCUUUCACCGGGUUCCGUAAAACCACGGCCCGUGCUAGAUCAAACUUACUUUACAACCUUUACGAACUUGUCCUUGAGAAUAAAGAAGAUUUGGCAAAAAUCAUCACGUUGGAAAACGGGAAAUCUUACACUGAUAGUUUGGGAGAAGUGGCUUACGCUGCUUCUUUCUUGCAGUGGUUCGCUGAGGAAGCUCCUCGAGUGAAUGGCGACAUCAUCCCUUCCGUCAACCCUGCUAACAGGGUCUUGACCAUUAAACAACCUUUGGGUGUAUGCGGGGUCUUAACUCCUUGGAACUUUCCUGCUGCCAUGAUCACUCGUAAAUUAGGAGCUCUUUUAGCUGCCGGUAACACUGCCGUCAUCAAACCUGCCGCCGAAACCCCAUUGACCGCGUUGGCCAUUGGUAAACUUGUCAUCGAUGCUGGGUUUCCUAAAGGGGUGGUCAAUAUUGUUCCAACUUCUCAUAAAAACACUCCAGCCGCUGGAGAAUUCAUUUGUGAACACCCGGUAGUCAAGAAAGUUUCAUUCACUGGUUCUACUGCGGUUGGCAAGCUUCUUGCUCGUCAAUCUGCAUCCACAAUGAAGAAACUCUCAUUUGAACUUGGGGGUAAUGCUCCGUUCAUUGUUUUCGACGAUGCGGACCUCAAAAAAGCCAUCCCUGGGGUGAUUGCCUCGAAAUUCCGUCAAUCUGGUCAAACUUGCGUUUGUGCCAACCGUAUUUUUGUCCAUGAAGCUAUUUACGACGAAUUCGCUGCCAAACUUGUCGAAGAAGUAUCGAAAUUCAAACUUGGCCAUGGGCUUGUUGAAGGAGUCACUCAUGGUCCAUUAAUCCAUGAAAGAUCCCUUAAUAAGAUCAAUUCUCUUGUCCAUGAUGCCAAGUCUAAAGAUGCCAAAGUGUUGAUUGGUGGCUCCCCAGCUACAUCCCUUGGUCCAUUUUUCUACCAUCCAACGGUUCUUGGAGACGUCACUCCAAAAAUGGAUAUCUUCAAUGAAGAAAUCUUUGGGCCGGUUGCAUCACUUGUCAAAUUCAAGACUGAUGAGGAAGUUAUCGCGUUAGCCAACGAUACAUCGGUUGGACUUGCCGGUUAUUUCUACUCCGAAGAUAUCUCGCGUAUUUUCAAUGUCGCCGAGUCUUUAGAAGUGGGCAUGGUUGGUGCUAACACUGGUGCCAUCAGUGAAGCUAGUGUGCCUUUUGGAGGUAUCAAGGAAUCUGGGUUAGGUAGAGAGGGUAGUAUGUAUGGUAUUCAUGAUUGGUUGAACAUCAAAACUAUUGUUAUUGGUAAUAUUUGA